UUGCAAAACCCUAAUCUCGCUAUCGUAUAAAAACGAAGCAAACGCUGCCUCCAUUUUUUCACUUUGCGAAGGGUGAUUUUGCAGGAGCAACCUUAAAAGCCAAAGCUUCAUCCAAAUAUCCGAAACACUUCGUUACAUUGCAAGUUUGCAACCAUGUCGAGGAGAAAGGUUAGGGAACCAAAGGAGGAAACCGUUACUUUGGGUCCAGCUGUUAGAGAUGGUGAACAUGUCUUUGGCGUAGCUCGCAUCUUUGCAUCGUUUAAUGACACCUUCAUUCAUGUCACUGAUUUGUCUGGGAGAGAAACCCUUGUCCGCAUCACUGGGGGAAUGAAGGUUAAAGCUGACAGAGAUGAGUCAUCUCCAUAUGCUGCUAUGCUUGCUGCACAGGAUGUUGCUGCCAGAUGCAAGGAGCUUGGCAUAACUGCUCUUCAUAUCAAGCUCCGUGCCACUGGUGGAAACAAGACGAAAACACCCGGUCCUGGUGCUCAGUCUGCUCUUCGUGCCCUUGCUCGUUCAGGAAUGAAAAUUGGCCGUAUAGAGGAUGUCACUCCCAUUCCUUCGGAUAGCACUCGUAGAAAAAGUGGUAGAAGGGGUAGAAGACUUUAAAUUGUUAUGGCAUAUGGCUGGAGUUGCUAUCUUUUACUUUCCAUGCUAAACAGAACUGUGGCUUUUUUUUUUUAAUUUAGCUGAGUUGGAUUUCAAUAUCUAAACUUCUAUUGUAUUUCUUGAGUUAUAGACAAAGAAUUCUUACUUGAGUUCAUUUCGACAUUAUUCUUAAAUAGACUAAUGAAAGUUUUGCAUGUUCUUUUCGACA